AUGACCCAGCCUGCCCUAGGGUUGCCCACUGAGCAACUUGAAGCCCGGCAGACUGUAUGUUCGCUGAACGAGAACACUUGGACAGCUACCAUGACCGGGACGUGCUCUAUUGAUGGAGGCCCUGCGAUAGCUUGUGAUAUGAGAACCGAUCUCAAGAAUCUCGUCGUAGAGAAAAAUACGAUGUUGAGCGCCACAGGGCUAGGCAAUAACCAAUUCGAAUGCAAAGGAUACCAGAAGUGGCAAUGCUGCUCUUCUUAG